CUUGAAUCACUCAACAAGAACGAGCAAUCAGCCAAUGGCCAGUCCCAAUCCAGGGAGUCCACAAAUUCCCAGUUCAAGAAAAUGAGCGGAGACUUCCCAUCGGCCAACGGAGAGGCUGGUGGGGAGGCCCCCAAGGGCUACACUCAGGACCAGGUGGAUGCAGUGAAGAGGGUAAAGCAAUGCAAAGAUUACUAUGAAAUUCUGGGAGUAAAUAGAGAAGCUUCUGAUGAGGACCUGAAAAAGGCUUACCGGAAACUUGCACUGAAAUUUCACCCAGAUAAGAACCACGCACCAGGGGCUACAGAGGCAUUUAAAGCUAUUGGUAAUGCCUACGCGGUAUUGAGCAACCCAGAGAAGAGGAAGCAAUAUGACCAGUUUGGAGAUGAGAAACUCAACGCUGCUCGGCAUGGACACAGUCACUCGGACUUCCACCGCGGGUUUGAGGCAGACAUCUCCCCCGAGGACCUCUUCAACAUGUUUUUUGGUGGUGGUUUUCCUUCUAGUAAUGUUCACGUAUACAGCAAUGGCAGGAUGCGAUAUACCUACCAUCAGAGGCAGGACAGACGAGAACAUCAGGGUGACGGUGGCCUUGGGUUGUUUGUCCAGCUGAUGCCUAUCCUCAUCCUGAUCAUUGUGUCUGCUCUCAGCCAGAUGAUGGUCUCCAGCCCACCCUACAGUUUGAGCCAGAGGCCGUCUGUGGGUCACAUACAGAGGAGAGUGACAGAGCACUUGAAAGUCGUCUACUACGUAUCCGAGAACUUUGCAGAUGAAUAUACGGGCACGAACCUGAAAAAUGUUGAAAGGAGCGUGGAAGACGACUACAUUGCAAACCUUCGAAAUAACUGCUGGAAAGAGAAGCAGCAGAAGGAAGGCUUGUUGUACCGGGCACGCUACUUCGGAGACUCGGAUCUGUACCAGCGAGCACAGAAGAUGGGCACCCCCAGCUGUAGCAGACUGUCAGACGUUCAAGCCUCUCUGCACGGAUAGUCACCGCCUGCCCGCUCAGCAGAGGUCUAAACUCUUGAAAUGCCUGAAGACUUUUGGUGAAGUGCACUGAGCCGAGGUGACAGACUUGGUAUUUAAAAGAAUCAAACCUUAUCUUAAAAAUGGAAUUGGAGAAUUAGCAACGCACAACUGCCCUCUUUCUGCCUGUCUCCGCCGUUCGACCUAUGUCUCAGGCAGCGAUUAGGACAGGAAAUCAAGCUGCCCGUCUUCCUCCUUCCCUUCCGACACCGCUGCCGUGCGACAGUCUCGUUG